AUGGAGUUAAAGGCAAUGGUGAAGGUAGGUCUGCUUCUUUUCCUGUUGGGGUUCACCGCAACUACGGUGGAGGCGCGGUUCGAUCCAAGUUCCUUCAUGACUCAGCUUCUCUGGAACGGUGAUGAUGGCGUGAAAACGGCAACGACAGCAUGCUGCGAUGCAUGCUCUUGCACAAAAUCAAUCCCUCCCCAGUGUCGUUGUGAAGAUGUUGGCGAAACAUGUCACUCUGCAUGCAAGACAUGUUUCUGCACACGCUCCAUUCCUCCGCAGUGUCGUUGCGCUGACAUAACCGACUUUUGUUAUGAACCUUGUACUAACUACGUUCACAACGAGGUUCACUAG